AUGCGCUGUGUCGGCCUGGUCCAGCUGGCGUCCCGGAUUGAGCACUCGGGACCUCUCGCCGUCGCCUCCAUCCUCUGCUUCGUGGUCUCCCUCCUGGCCGCCGUACCCCCGCUGGUGGGGACGCUGCUGUCGGAGCGUACGGCAGCGGCCCUUCAAACCGCGGCUCUGUGCGGGACGUACCUGUUGUCCGGUUUGCCCCAGGCGGUUUCCUCCGUGGCUCUGGCUGCGGGGGGCCACCUGGACACCCACGUACUCAUGUCCCUGGCGGGCGCUUUGCUGCUGCUGCUGUUCCAAGUAUCGCACUUUUUAGAGGCCAAGUUCACUUCCCGGGCCCAGGGCUCCUUAGAGCGUCUACUUGCCGCCAUACCUGAAAGAGCCACUCUGGUAGCCAUGACACAACCGCCGCCACAUGUACGACAACCGUCACAACCACCACAACCACCACCAUCGCACGGGACAGAAGAAGAAGUUGACGGCGCCAAAGACAUGAACAACGGAGCAGAGGCGGUUUCGAUGGCUAGUAGUAGCAGGCACGGCAGAAGUAGCAGUAGUGGUAGCGGUAGCAGUAGCAGCAGCAGCAGCGGUAUUGGACCCGACUUGUCCAGUUGCCGGGAGGUGCUGGUGGAGAGUGUGGCAGUCGGGGAACUGGUGCUGGUUCGACCGGGGGAGCAGGUUCCCCUGGAUGGCGAGGUGGUGUGGGGUGCGGCCUCCGUGUCCGCGGCGCACAUCUCCGGGGAGUCGGCUCCGUCCCGGGUGGCUGCGGGCGGCUGGGUGCCUGCGGGGGCGCUGUCCACGGACGGGGCCCUGGUGGUGCGGGUGACGGCCGCGGCGGCGGACAGCACCCCGGCCAGGAUUGCGAGGAUGGCUUCGGAGGCCCAGGCCUCCAAGCCUCAGCUGCAGCGGCUGCUGGACCGCGUGGGUGCUGUGUGGAGUCGGGGGGUGGUAGCGGCCACCCUGCUGGCGGCUGCGGUGCUGCUAGCCGCCGGUGUGCCCCUGAUGGCGGCUCCAGGGGGGGCGGUGUACCGCGCACUGGGGGUGCUGGUGGCGGGGUCGCCGUGCGCAGUGGUGCUGGUGCCGCUGGCUUACGUGUGCGCCAUGGCGGCAGUGACACGCAAGGGCGUGUUGCUCAAGGGAGCCAGUGCUCUGGACGCUCUGGCCGCGUGUACGACAGUGGCCCUGGAUAAAACCGGCACUCUCACCACGGGGGAGCUGCGUCUCACGGAGGCCACCCUCGGGGACUACAGCUGGAUGGCGGAGCCGCUGAGACCGUUGUCGUCGCCGCCGCCGUCGCCGCCGCCGCCGCAACAGCCGUCGCCGCAACCGGCGGCUCUCUCGGCACCCGCGUCAGCAGCCCUGAUGCGCAGUGUGGAGGAGGAGGUACCUGGGUCGGGGGUGAGGGCCGUGUGCCGCCUCCGAGGCCGCGCCUUCCACGUAGCCUUCGGCUCCAGAGACUUUGCGGAGCAGGCACUGGCGGACGCCGUCAGGGCCGCAGCGGCGACGGAGGCGGAGGCAGCGGCACAGACCGCCGUAUCGCGGCUGCGGGCCGUACUCGCGCGCAGCGAUGUCGGCGGCGACCGAGUAGGCGGUGCCGCUGGGGAAGCAGCAGCGGCUGCGGCGGUCAAGGCGAUCAGCUUGCUGGUGGUGACGCCGCUGGCGGCGCCUACGUCAAUGGCCGAUGGGUCGGUUGCCGCUGGGGUAGGUUUGACUCCCGGUGGCGGCGGCGGCGGCGGCGGCGGCACUGCCGUAGGCGACCCGCGGGUUGCGCUGUUCUGCUUUGAGGACGUGGUGCGGCCCGGCGUGCGUGAGGCCGUAGCGGCGCUGCAGAAUGGCAGCUGGCGGCGACGACGUGGGGAGCGUGUCGGAGCUGAUGAGGCGGCGCCGCCGCCGCCGUCGGGGGCAACGGCGGCACUGCGUGUGGUGAUGUUAACGGGUGACAACCCCGCCGUGGCCGCCUCCGUGGCCGGAGGUCUGGCAAUCUCCGAGUACCGGGCUGCCAUGUUGCCGCAAGAUAAGCUGCAGUUCGUGCAGCAGGAGCAGCGGCAUCUGAGGGAACUGCAGCAGCGGAGGGAGGAGGCGGAAGCAGAAAAAGGUCGGAGUCCCCUGACCGCCCUUCUCUUCGGAAGAGCCGAAGGUCCUGGCAGUAUCAGCAGCAGCAGCAGCCCUGCCGGCGCCGGCGCCGGCGGUGGCGCGGUGUUGAUGAUGGGUGACGGCAUCAACGACGCGCCCGCACUUGCCGCGGCCCAUGUGGGAGUCGCCGUGGCCUCCUCCCCCCGGGACCUGGUGGCGGCCGCCUCCGAUGUGGUCGUGCUGAACGGCCAGGGGGCGGCGGCGCUGCCCUGGCUGCUGCGGCUGGCGCACCGCACGCGGGCGGUGGGCGGCGGUGAUCACGACCACGAGCACGGUAGUGGCAACGACCGCAAGCGCUCGGAGGUGGUGGCGAUGGAGGCUCCUCCAGGGGGCCCACAGGGCCAUCAGGCCAAGCCUCAUCAGGCGCAACAGCGAUCAUCUGACCAAGUGGAGGAGGAGGAGGGGGAGGAGGCGGGGAAAGCAGCGGACGGGAACGGAGGGGCGGCGAGAGGUCCGGUACAUGUCCGGGGACCCGUGGGUCGCGAUGUCUCCACAGCCGCCUCUGCCGCAGCGGCGGCGGAGCCGGCGCCGGCAAUCCAGGCCCCUCAUGCGCGUGGUCAUGCACGGCAUUGCGGCGGCGGCGGCGGUGGCGGCAACACCAGAUCCUGCUGUACUGUUUGGGGCUGCAUUAGCGGUCCCGGCGCCGCCGCCAAUGCCGUCAAUCGCCGCCGGUAUGGCGUCAGCAGCCGUCUAGGGCCGCUGCUGGCGUUGGGCGACGGUGUUGGUGUCGGUUUUCUCCCUUCUGGUGGUUGCGCUGCUGCUGUAGGGUCCUUGGACGCGGGGGGAGCUCUCCGCCGGCGGCGCCGGGUAUCUGGUCUUGUAGGGCCCGGUGUACGUGUUGGUGUUGGCGUCGUCGCGGCGGCUGCCCCAACCGCGGCGGCUGCUACGGCGGCGGCGGCGGCGGCGCUCAGGUCUGAUACUGGGGACCGUGUGGCGCUCUGA